UGUCGGAAAUGUACAGCGGAAUAUGGUGUUGUGAAAGAGAUAUUAAUCUCCUAUUAUGGGCAGCCAUUCCUCUACCCAGAAGCACAUGAAGAUUUUUAAAAUAAGGACACUGCAAGGGGGUAACAAGUAUGGAAUUGGCUGCAGGAACCUGAGGGAACUUCUGGAGAAAGGCUGUAAGAAGUUCCAGCUGCCUCUUAAGAGCGCUCGGGUCUGUUUGUAUGAAGAUGGCACAGAAUUAAGUGAUGAAUACCUGAGGAAUCUUCCGGAUAACACAGAACUUGUCUUUCUGACUCCUGGACAGACCUGGGAUGGAUUUGUCACCGACAUCGGCCGCUUGCUAAAUGCAUUUUACACACGACAGACAGAUGUUACUGAAGCCGCCAGAAAGCUGCUGACCGAUGAGCAGGCUCCACAGAGGAGGAAGAUUCUGGUGGACUUUAUUCAGAACCUGAAUGAAAAUAUCUUGGCUGAAAACCGGGAAGACGACAAAUCUUGGUUUGAAGGAAUAGAGCCGCGUUACAAGAACAAGUCCAGCUACAUGAGGAGCAGCUGUGAAAGCAGAGUCCGCAGUUAUAUGAAGGAGGUUCAGUCCUUGGCUGCAACAUUAGAUCCACCGGUGAGAGAGGACUACAAGAUGCUCACAGAGACCAUGUGCAAUGAACUGCGAGCUGUGAAGUACAAUGGAUGUUACUUUGAUAGAACAGAAGAAAAGACCAGCCGUCUAUGUACUGCAGAGGGAUGGUUUUCAUGCCAAGGUCCUUUUGACGUGGAUGACUGCAGUUCCAGGCACUCUAUUAAUCCCUACAGUAACAAAGAGAGUAGAAUUCUAUUCAGUACCUGGAACCUGGACCACAGGAUAGAAAAGAAGCGGACCAUCCUGCCUCGCCUUACUGAAGCCCUGGGGGAAUGUAACGGGAGGCAAAUCAACUGCAAGUAUUUCUUUAAUCUCUUGUUUACUGUGGAAAACCUGAAACUGGUUCACAUAGCCUGCCAUAAGAAAACUGCGCAUAACCUGACGUGUGAUGACGCCAUGAUUUACAUCAAAAGAAAACCUGUCAGGAAGACAAAGAACUGAAAGGAAUCCUCAAGACACACAUUUUAUAUAACUUAUUUUUAGCAGCUUAUAUAUUAUGUCUAGUGUUGAGCGAAGACUGUAUGGGCUCCGAUGAGCCAAGUUAGUCAUUCACGAAGCCGUGCAUGAUAACGUCUGUAAUAGAUUUUUGUAGUGGAAAACAACUUUGACACUUGGAACCGAAGCAGAGUUCUUUUUCAACUGGUACCUCGGAACCGAAGCCAAGUCCGGUUUCAAGUUUUAAAGUGGUUUUUCACUUUAAAAAUCAAUUACCGAAGUCAUGUGCCACUUUGUAAAUAACUUUGGCUCAUUGGAUGCCAUACAUUCUAAUACUGUACAGAGACGAAUCUUUGUACAGUAUUAUUCCAAAGUUUUGAAGUAAGCGGCUUCGGACGUGGCUCAUGCCCAAAAAAGACAGCCACAUGUUUGGUAACUCAUCAUCGUUGCUUUUGGGAGAGAAUUAUAAGAAGCCAUAGGAAAUCUAUGUGAAAGUCAUCCCCGGAGGCGCAUGUCAGCGUGUACGGAAAUAUUUUGUACCGGGUAUCACUUCUGCAAGGGGUAACAAAAGCGUGUGGGAUAUUGCAAAUGGCUACUGUAUAUAAUCGCAGAUGGACAAUUGGACUUGUAACUAGGGGUGCACCGAAAUGAAAAUUCUGGUCCGAAACCGAAAAUUCAGGAUGCCCUUGACCAAAACCGAAACUGCCUUUUUUGCCCAAAUACUUUUAAAAUACUUUUUUUUUUUUAAGUA